AUUUACACACAAGAUAAGUUGAUGGGGCGCGACGAUGCAAGAAGACCUCGAUAUUUUUCUUGCGAGGCGUUGAGCGGAAGACACGAAGGGUGAAGUUGCAAAUCGCACAUGAUGUGUCCAGACGGGCAUUUGGUUUGGAUUAUCAGGGGUGCGGUGAAUUUUGGCUUGAGUAACGGAAAUGUCUUUAUAACGCAUUUUUUGUACUUUUGGCCGGUAUGUUAGUUUCACUCUUCUUUUCGACCAUUUAGCUGAAGCAUGUCUCAAGAUAUCGAUAUUUUUAAGACGAGGAUUUCUGAAACGCUCAUCUCGCUUACGCUGGCGUGCAGCUCCCAUUCUUUUUCGAAUGCCUCUAAGUAUUGCGCGGAACUUUCCAAUUCCAUGCGGGCAUUGGUCGAUCAGGCGCAGAACUUGAUAUCCAGAGAAGAAGAUGUGUCGUUGAAGAAUGAAGUGUAUAAUGCAAUAGAGAAUAUGAAGGUCAAAGUAGGCGAAAUGACGGCCAAAUUCGAGGCAUUUGUCCAUGAUAAAAGUCAGGCUUGUUCCUUGGUAUUCACGCUUGCCAUUCAAAGGCUUUUUGAUUCGGUCGUAGUGUUGUUGACUUUGAUCAAUCCUUUCAGUAAAAAACGUAUAUUUCAUUUGAUUGACAAGGCGAUUAUGGCAUACAAGCUGCUGGAGCUCCAGAGGGAUUUUGCAGACGAGAUUCGGUUUGACAUGAUGAAAGUAGACUACUUGAAGUGUCAUAGAGAGUUGAGCUAUGUUUGCGACCAGGCAGCUCGGCGCUGCAGUAUCACGAAAAAGAAGGAGCUACUAGACGGUAAAAAAGUAAUGGCAUUGGCAUCGAAGUAUUUGGAAUUCUUCGAGGGUUGUGGCGCCAAUAACGAAUCGACCGAAUACAAAAAUACAACUAAGGAACUUGAGCGGACCUAUAAGAACCUAAUUAUCGGGGCGGCUAUGGAAGAAGAUACGUUUGAGGACAUUCGAAAACACAUAAAGCACGUUUAUUCUCUGGUUCAAGAGGCCAGAAUACUAAUAGGCCAAUGCGGAAAGCUGCUAUGCUCAGCGCUUGACAAAAUGCCAAAAAAUCAGAGGCAGAAAAAAUUCGACUAUGUCAAAGAGUCAGUUCACAGAUUUUUGGACCAUUUUUCUUUUGGCAUGUCCAGAGCAGAAUGCCUAACUUUGAAAACGGUAAUGAAAAACACGCACGAAUCGUUCAAAGCGAAAUUCGUCACGUUUGAGGAAUUGGUGACUCGUCCGACUUUAAAUAUACCCAUCUUGAGAGAUACUGCGUUGAUCUAUGAAGGCAUCAUUCUAUCGUGCCAACAAAUCAUUUCUCUUUCGUAUCAGGAUUUUCAUAUUAAGCACCCCAUUUGCCUCAGUAGAGAGGUAUUCGCUGAUCGAGCAAACCUGAUGCUAAACGAAAUCAAAAACAACAGGUUAAUGCUCGCCAUAAACUAUAUUCCAGACUUGGUCGCACUAGCGCAAAAUGUGAGGUGCCAGCUCGAAAAAACAGUUCUCAAUUCAUCGUCUUUGCAGAAAAGAAAAAUCUAUCAAGAGCUCAUAAAGAAAAUUUUUGUCUGCUGCAUUGAGCUCGCUCAAAUUUUCCAAAAUCCCCCCAUUCACAGCUCGUACAUCAAAAAACUUCCAGAGUCAUGUCUUGUUCUUAAAGAGGCUAUAGACGGUGCCCAGAUUUUCGAAGAUUUGCCAAGUGAAUUUUGUAUCAAAGCUAGUUUAUACGACGACUUUACCAAAGUCUCCAAUGCUGCAACUAAUUGGGCUAAACCACCUUGCUCUAACAUCCUCUAUGACUCGGCAGCAAUCAACCCAAACAUCAGCAAGCACAUGUCUGAAAGAAUCAUACCGCUACCCAUUUACAAGUCUGCGAGUGAUUUAGCUGAACAAGUCGGGGGGAGCAAGCUUAAGUCAGGAUCAUUUGGUCUUGGCAUUCGUGGUUUCUGCGACUGGUCUCUCUAAUCCAAUUCGUCCAAAAAAAAAACUUUUGAAGAGCUGAAUGGCACAUACAUAAACUAGACCAGUCUUUCUGGAAGAAAUACAAUAGGGCACCAAGUGUGACACCGGCAGCUUUAUAAGAUUUGCUUGCAAAUCAUAUAAGUUAUGUAAUAAAGUUUUACAUCAAAAAUCA